CGAAACUACAGCCAUCUAUCCUUAAGCUUUUCAGUUACAGAGUUUUCCAUUGAUUGCUACUAUAAUUGUACAAUGGCUGCUUCAACAAUGGCACUCUCUUCUCCAUCUUUGGCUGGGAAGGCAAUCAAGCUUUCCCCAUCCACCCAGGAGCUUGGCACUGGACGGGUCACCAUGAGGAAAGCAGCAACAUCCAAGAAGCCCGUUUCUUCUGGAAGCCCAUGGUACGGCCCAGACCGUGUUUUGUACUUGGGCCCAUUCUCUGGUGAGCCUCCAUCAUACCUGACUGGUGAAUUUCCAGGUGACUAUGGAUGGGACACUGCUGGGCUUUCAGCAGACCCAGAGACAUUUGCAAAGAACCGUGAGCUGGAGGUGAUCCAUUGCAGAUGGGCCAUGCUGGGAGCCCUAGGGUGCGUGUUCCCUGAGCUCUUGGCCCGAAAUGGUGUGAAAUUCGGUGAGGCAGUAUGGUUCAAGGCAGGAUCACAGAUAUUCAGCGAGGGUGGGCUUGACUACUUGGGUAACCCAAGCCUAAUUCACGCACAAAGCAUCCUUGCCAUAUGGGCUUGCCAAGUUUUAUUGAUGGGUGCCGUUGAGGGUUACCGUAUUGCGGGUGGGCCUCUGGGUGAGGUGACAGACCCACUUUACCCAGGUGGGAGCUUUGACCCAUUGGGCCUUGCUGAUGACCCAGAGGCAUUUGCAGAGCUGAAGGUGAAAGAGAUAAAGAAUGGUAGGUUAGCAAUGUUCUCAAUGUUCGGAUUCUUCGUUCAGGCCAUUGUCACUGGAAAGGGUCCCUUGGAGAACCUCGCUGACCAUCUCGCUGACCCUGUCAACAACAAUGCUUGGGCUUAUGCCACUAACUUCGUCCCUGGAAAGUGACCAAAAAAACAAAUGAGAAAUGACCAUCACUUUCAAAUCUGAGUGUGAAUUUCAUUUUGUUGUUUGGUGAAAUAUAUAUUGGAAUGCUUGGAAUUGGAUUGUGCCUUUGCAGAGAAUGUGAAUUAUAUAUAUAUAUAUCUAUUUGGCCCAUUUAAAUUAUUG